CAUAAAAGGUGCUCGAUUGCGCCCCCUUACUCCGCCGCCCACACGACAUUCGUAGUUCUCGGCUCCCUUCGUCUCGUCUGUCGCUUCUCCCAGGCGGAUCAAAGAGGUUGGCGAUUCUUGUGAAGGCGAUGGCUGUCACUUUCCACAAUCUAAAUGCAGCGUCUGGCCUCCAGAAACUUAAUGAUUAUCUUCUUACCCGAAGCUAUAUAACUGGUUAUCAAGCUUCAAAGGAUGAUAUUUCUGUUUAUAGUGCAUUAGCCACAUCUCCAUCGGCAGACUAUGUGAAUGUAGCUAGGUGGUACAACCACAUUGAUGCUCUCCUUAAGUUGUGCGGUAUCUCUGAGGAAGGCAAGGGUGUGAAGAUUGAAUCAUCUGCACCUGUGGUUGAGGAGGCCCCUUCACCUGCUAUUGAUGACAAGAAGGGCCCAGCAGCUGAUGAUGAUGAUGAUGAUGACAUGGAUUUGUUUGGUGAAGAGACUGAAGAGGAAAAGAAGGCAGCUGAAGAGCGUGCAGCAGCUGUCAAAGCAUCCGGAAAAAAGAAAGAGUCUGGAAAGUCUUCUGUACUUCUUGAUGUAAAACCAUGGGAUGAUGAAACAGACAUGCAAAAGCUUGAAGAAGUUGUCAGGAGUGUCAAGAUGGAGGGUUUGCUCUGGGGGGCGUCAAAACUGGCCCCAGUUGGGUAUGGCAUAAAAAAAUUGCAGAUCAUGAUGACUAUUGUGGAUGACUUGGUCUCUGUGGAUAACCUGAUUGAGGACUAUCUGUUGGUCGAACCAGCAAAUGAGUACAUCCAGAGCUGUGAUAUUGUGGCAUUCAACAAAAUAUAGGACUCUUUCGGCCUCCAGCAUGGGAGACAGCUUGAAGCCCCUAUUUUCAUGUGUUGGAUGAUAAAUCAAUCAUUCAGUGGUCUUUUUAGUUGUUGAGCUCUUUUCUUCAUUCUUCUGCUAGUCUGCUCUGUGUGUCUGUCUUAGUUAAUAUUUGGAAGGAGCUUGAAGCCUCUAGUGUCAUGUGUUGGAUGAUACAUAUAUCAUUCAGUGGUCUUCUGGUUGUUGAGCUCCGUUUACGUUUCUUUUGCUAGUCAACGAGUCUGCUCCAUAAUAUAUCGAAGGACUUCCUCUGGUAGACAUUUAAUCUAUGAAAUUUUAGUUUGGUCA